UGUUCAUCAUCAAAGUUAUCAUAUUCUUUAUCAUCAAACAUUUGUUAUUUCUCAGUUUCUUUAAAUUUUUGGUUGAUUCAGCCCCUAAGCCAAGAUGCCCCGCUGUGCAGCCAAGUCCAAAGCCGGCAAGAGUAAACGGAUGCCAUCCGUCCCAGUGACCCCAGCUCCAACGCAGGAGCUGGAAACUACUCCUUGUCGCUUAACCCACACCCAGUUGAAUAAUAUCUUGAUCAAGGAAGAAAGGGAUGAGAUAGUGAGGGACAUUAUGGAUGAACUGAUGAGCAAAGUCAUGGACGGCUGUUUGAAGGUGUACGUUGAAAGACAGCUAGAACCUUUUUCCGCAUCUUGGGCCAAGAACUACCUCACACAGAUUUUAGAGCAACAAAUCAUGUGCCCGGAUGAGGGAGAAGGACCAGAGGAAGCAUCUAAAACUGAGGACUCAGAGCCAAUGCCAGCAACCUUCGAUUCCUGGUCUCGAGGAGGUGUGCCUGUUGUCAUUGCUACUCCUCGAUUAUCUCAUCCUACUUCUGCACAACAGGAGGCUGACAACGUUCAGGUCCCAGCACAAACAGGACCAGGAGACGACCAGCAAUGUGAUGCAAUGGCCCAAACAAACAGCUCUCCAAAGCAACCUGACAGGGAAACAAGCCCCAGGAGGCCUGUCAAUAACAAGCAAUCAGCUAAAAAGGAUGUGGAGGUAGAGGAUAAAAGAGGAGAAUAUUGUGUUUAUAACAAUAUGGCGGGGCCAUCACAUCAGUCUAAGGAAUACCAAUCCAUACCAAGACUUGAUUCCUCAUCCCUGCCUCGACACGGCAUUUUUCCUCAGUAUGAGAUUGUUGACAGUGACCAAACAAAACCCAAUCCCAAGAAACCAAGUUGAUUAUCCAAACUGGUGUAG